AUGUUUGUAAAAUAUAUUAGUGUAGUGAUUUGUAUUAUUUCCUUUUUGUAUACUUUUUAUGUUUUGUGUAAUUUAACAUAUUUCUUAUCGAAUUACGAUGAAAAUAAAGAAGCAAUUAUUUCAUCACAAAAGAAUAAAGAUUCUGUAUUAUGGUUGUUAAUAAUAAAUAUGUUUCUAUUAAGUAUUUUUGUAUUACAACAUUCACUUAUGGCUAAUGAUUUUAUAAAACAUUUAUUUUGUAAAUUACAAAUGGAUUAUAUGGAGAGAAGUAUUUAUAAUGUUACUAGUGCUAUGACUCUCCAUUUAUUAUUCAAUAAAUGGCAAAUUAUUUCAUCCAUUAUAUUAUGGAAAGUUAAUAUUAUUUCUAAUAAUGUUUUGUGGUUCAUGUUCACUGCUCUUCAUGUGUUGGUUUGGUCAAUAAUUUAUAGUGGAUGUUUAAUGAUGGAUAUAUCUGAAUUAGUUGGAAUAAAACAAGUAUAUUACAAAUUUUCAUUUAGACCAAGUCCCAUGCAAAUGAAAUCUAAAAAAUUAUUACGUUAUUAUUCACAUAUGAGACAUCCAAGUUUUAUAGGAUUUCUUAUUAUUUUAUGGAUAUAUCCUUAUAUGACAUUAGACAGGUUAUUAUUGGCUUCAAUACUCACAAUUUAUAUGGCCUUAAUGUGGAUGAUUGACAAAGAGGAUUAUAAUUAUCAUGUUAAUUUUGUAAAGAGAAAACAAAAAGAAUUAUUUUGAUUUCUAUUUAUACAUAUUAUGUCAUUUUUUCAAUUAUUUCCAUUGCAAUUAAAAUAUAUAUUCAUUUAUAUUAAUAUUUAUUUAAAAUCUUUAUAUUGUAAAAUGGAAGUAGAAUUGCAACAACAAAAUUUGUACUAUGUCCAGUUGUAGACAAUACACCUGCUCGAAUUGCUGUUUUAUAUAAAGGACAAACAUAUCUUGGAUCAUCUUCUGGAAGCUUUAAUACUGGAUUUAUAUGUAAAACUGGAAGAGAUGGAUGCAUUUCACCUAAAAUAGAUAAUUUAAUUACAUUUUUU